AAGAAGCCCCGCAGCGCCGCCAGCACCGCUGUCGCCGCCGUCGCCGCCAUCGCCGCGGGGCCUCGGGCCGGGCUGCCCGCUGCGCUGCCUGCGCCGCCGGGUGAGAUGCUGGAGGCCCCACCCCUGCUGUGGGCAGCCUUUUUAUUGGGCCUGUCCCUGCUGGGGCUGCUGCUGUGCCUACGAGGAGGACCCAGUGGCCUGCUCCUCAUCGGCUGGAACGAGUUCGUCCUGCAGCCCGUGCGCAACCUGCUCAUGGGGGACAGCAAGGAGCAGCGCAUCCUGCGCUACGUGCUGCAGCACGCGGCCGCCGGGGACCCGCAGAGCGUGCUGGACGCCAUCGACACCUACUGCUCACAGAAGGAGUGGGCCAUGAACGUGGGCGACAAGAAAGGCCAGAUCGUGGACGCGGUGGUGCGCGAGCAGCGCCCCUCCGUGCUGCUGGAGCUGGGGGCGUACUGCGGCUACUCGGCCGUCCGGAUGGGCCGCCUGCUGGCUCCCGGCGCCCGCCUGCUCACCAUCGAGCUCAAUCCCGACUACGCCGCCAUCACCCAGCAGAUGCUGGACUUCGCCGGCCUGCAGGACAGGGUCACCGUGAUCCUUGGGGCGUCCCAGGACAUCAUCCCCCAGCUGAAGAAGAAGUAUGACGUGGACACGCUGGACAUGGUCUUCCUGGACCACUGGAAGGACCGGUACCUGCCGGACACCCGCCUCCUGGAGGAGUGCGGCCUGUUACGCAAGGGGACGGUGCUGCUGGCCGACAACGUCAUCUGCCCGGGGACGCCCGAGUUCCUGGCGUACGUGCGCGGGAACAGCCGCUUCCACUGCACGCACUUCUCCUCCUUCCUGGAGUACUCCCAGACCGUGGACGGUCUGGAGAAGGCCGUCUACAUGGGCCCGGGCAGCCCGGCCCCGCCUUGACCGCCCACACUCCGCGGGGGGCCCCCCCCAAGCCCGGUUAGGAAGGUCACGAUGGGUUCGCUGCUGCCCUCUCUGCUUCUGCAGUUCUGUCCUCCAUGCCACACACACAAGGCCUGCGAGGCCCAGGCCAGCCACACCGGCCCCUCUGCACAUGGCCCCGAGCUGUCACACCCGGCCCCCCGCCCAGAGCAAGCUGCUCACCGUGCCCCAUCCCCGCAGUCCAUCUGGAAAGCUAUGCGUGAACAGUGAGCCAGGGGAGGCGGUGGCCGUGGCUCCCUCGGCCCUCUUACCAGCACCCUAGUAGGGUUUCUUACACGGACAGGCCCUUCGCCCGGGCGAGGGGGGAGGUGGGAACAUCUGGAGACCGGGCUGUGCACCCAGUCUGUCCUCUGCAGUCGCCGGGCAGCAGCACUGCCUCAGCGAGGGCACUGUGACCAACAACACAUCACACCUCUCUGAUUCCUCCGGGUUUUCCCUUCUCCUUUUCAAGAAAGAAAUGCAACUUCACUAAAGCUGGCUGACUGUUUUAACAAUUUUAUACCUUGACAAUCAUGACUAAAAGAUACUAAGACAGUAAUUAAAGAUCUAAGUAUUU